UUACAAGGAAAAAAAUGAAUUUGUGAAACAUAUGAAAAAGCAUUGUAUGUUUUGUGAUGUUUUAUGUGAAAGUGUAAACGAUUUAGAAUUGCACUUAGAGAACCAUCAUGGAGAUGAGCAUGUAAUGAAACAAAAUCGAGAUCAACAACAAGAAAAACUAAAGCAGCAGCAUGAAAAUAAAUCAGCUGUGAAGGUGGAAAAGUUUUGUGGUGAUUGUGAUAAAAUUGUGAAUAAUAUACGAUCACACGUUCGUAGCGAAGAACAUCGAUCCACCGUGAGAAAAAAUCUGGAUUCUGACAUAAAAAUUGUUAAAAGUGCAUUUAACAAAAAUAUACUCAGCUAUGAGAUACAAAACAAUAAAGACAUUUUGUACCCGAUCGAUUUUCUUAAUGCUUCAAAAGAAUUAAUAAUUAAAACCUUGAAAAAUGAGUUAAACGGUAAAACGCUCAUAAAAUUUAAUAUGGAACUCCAAGGACUGUAUGUGAAACCAAACAAUGAAAAAGAUGGACCUUCAACUUCCAAAGAGUUAACUAUUGAAAAUAUAUUUAAUCAUAUUUCAAAAACAACGCUAUUAACCCUGGGAGAUGAUUUGGAAGAGGUCGUUUUCAACCACUGUGUGGAAAUUAUAGCUAAAUCAGAAGAGUUCCAAGAAAGAGGCUCUAAUUGGGCCCUGGAGAAACUUUUAAAACUUGACAUAAAUGUGUUGAGAGCCAACUUAACACGUGGCUCACAUUAUAUUCCAACUCCGAAAUCAUUAAGCAACAAGAAGGGUGCGUGCCUUAACAUCAAAAACUAUGAUGACUUUUGUUUUAAGUGGUGUAUGGUUGUUGCAUUGGGGGAAACUGCAUAUGGAGAUCCGAGUAUAACCUCUUCAUAUAACGUAGACAUACACCAAGAUGUCAUUAUUCUGCAGUCUGGAAUAUCGCUAAAUUUCGAACAAUUAAAUUUCCCAUUGGGUCUUAAAUAUAUAAAAAAAUUUGAAAUGAACAACCCAGAGAUUAGCGUAAAUGUUUUCGGUUAUGAAAACAAGUCGGUCGUUGGUCCAUAUUACUUAACAAAGGAGACGAAAAGCAAUCACAUUAAUUUAAUAUUGCUGCACAACGAAGAAAAUUUCCAUUACAUUUUGGUUAUGGAUAUGUCUUGUCUUAUGCGGUCUCAAUUCACAAGUCAUAAGGAGAAAGGUUACUUUUGUUUUGGAUGCCUGCAAUGUUUCCACGAUGAAAAUAAAUGUAUGACUCACAAAAAGCAGUGUGGAAAAGUAGUCUGUGCCCUGCCGAACAAAAAAGAAGCCGUACUAAAGUUCGUCAAUCACAAGAAAAAGGAUAAGGUGCCUUUCGUUAUUUAUGCUGACUCCGAAAGUGUACUGGAAGACGUGCAGGAAGAUGAGAACAAUGGGGCGAGUAAAAAAACGGAAAAGGUAAAGAAGCAUAUUCCAUGUGCUUUUAGUUAUUUUAUUAAAUGUAGUUUUAAUGAAAAUUUAAAUAAGUUAUUUAUAUAUAGUGGUCCCGACGCAGCAAAUGUUUUUCUGAAAGAACUAAUUCAGGAUUGUAAAUUUUUGUAUGAUAGUUACCUAACCAAAACGAAACCUAUGAAUACUCUAACCCCCGAAGAAGAGACAGCCUUUCUUAGGGAUAUCAAUUGUCGUAUAUGUGGCGACAUUUUAGGUAACGAUAGGGUGAAAGAUCAUUGUCACUUAACGGGGCAAUAUCGAGGUGCGGUACAUAACCAUUGCAAUCUGCAAUAUCAUCUACCUAAAUUUAUUCCAAUAUAUUUCCACAAUUUUUCUUCGUACGACUGUCACCUCUUCUUUAAAGAGUUAGUUGAAUUUGGAGGUGAAAUAAGAGUCAUACCUCAAAACAAAGAAAAAUAUAUUUCAAUGUCUUAUUUCAUUAAUAUGGAUAACGAGUCAACCGACUCUAGUUCUUUAAAAAGUACAGUUGUUGUAGGAGAAGAAGAAGAUUCGAGUGAGGAAGAUGAUGAGGAAUUCCAGCAAGAAGAGGAAAGUGAGGGCAAAAAAGAGAAGAAAAAGAAAAUGAAUAGAUUAGAGCAUCGUUUCUUAGAUAGUUUUCGAUUUAUGCCUACUAGUUUGGAUAAAUUAGCAAGGAAUUUAUCUCGAGAUUCUUUUGUUGCUGUCAGAUCUCAUUUUCCUGAUGAUGAAUCAUUUGAACUUAUGACUAGGAAAGGAGUAUUUCCCUACGAAUAUAUGUCAUCAUUUGAAAAAUUGAAGGAGAAACAACUUCCCCCUAUAGACCAAUUUUAUAAUAAGUUGACCGAUACUGAAUGCUCGUCAGACGAUUAUAGGCAUGCAACAAAUGUUUGGUCACAUUUUCGAUGUCAAACUAUGCAAGACUACAUGGAUUUGUACUUAAAAGCUGAUGUCUUGCUUUUAGCAGACGUAUUUGAAAAUUUCAGGAGCUUAUGUAUGCGAAUUCACGAACUGGACCCUUGUCAAUAUCUCACAGCACCAUCUCUAUCUUGGGAUGCAAUGCUACUAUGUACUAAAGUCGAACUUGAGCUACUCAGAGAUAUAGACAUGUACAAUUUCUGCAAAAAUGGUAUUCGGGGAGGGCUUACCCAGUGCUCAAACAGACACUCGGUAGCAAAUAAUGAAGAUGCUCCCAAUUAUAAUAGUGCCAAACCAGAGGUAAAUAUCUAUUAUUUGGAUGUAAAUAAUUUAUAUGGUACAGUUAUGACUGAGUGUCUCCCUGAAAAGAUUUUAGAUGGGUGGAGGGUUAUGAAAUGGAGAAAUUCAAUGAUCCAGCUGUAA